AGACAUCUUUGACUUACCUCAGCGCUUUGGGCAAAUUUCACUUUCUUUGAUAGAGUUGCUUGGAUUUCAGUGAGCUAACCAAACUGAAACAUAUUAGAUUUAUAGCACUUUAAUUAUGAGCGAGACGGCAAAAAUGGAGGAAUCCUGUGAUGUGGGCCUGCCCCCCGUCCUGGAGCCGGGGGAUCCUGGGCUCAAGAGUCGCCAGGCUGCCUGUUUCUGGCCGGGGUUCCUGUCAGCGCCGCUGUUUGUGCCGUACGUCUCGGAGCCGACGCAACAGAAAGUCAGGAAGUGGAGGGUCAACAUGGACCUGACCCACUUCCGCCCCGCUGACAUCUCCCUGAGAGUCGGAGGUGGAUUUCUGGAAGUUCGAGGGAGCCACGAGGAGAGGCCUGACGAGCACGGAUUUAUCACCAGAUGCUUCUCCAGAAAAUACAGGCUUCCAGCUGAGGUUGAUGUCACCACACUGACGUCCACGCUUUCUGUCGAUGGGAUCUUAACUGUUGAAGCUCCAGUUCCUGCAGCCUCGGCUCCUGCUGCCGUCAUCAUCCCAGUAAAGGUGGAAACUGAGGGUGAAGAACAGGAAGCAGAAGACAAAGAAGAAGAUGUUCUUGAUGAUCAGGAACAACCGAGCAGCACCGCAUCCAAACAAACAGCUGAAGAGAGCCACCCUUCAGCGCCUGCAGAGGACAAAAACUUAGAGAGUCUGCAAAAACCUGAGCAGCACAAAGCCCCCGAAAGCCCUGAAGACCCCGGUACAUCAACCCAGCUGGAACACAGAGAACCCGUCACAGAUGAUGGAGACAUCCAGGUGAAGGAGGAGGGAGCCGAGGAGCUUACCCAGCCGGAGGAGCAGGAUCUGGGCUCCAGUCCACCGAGCGACGUCCAGCAGGAGCUGGAGGCUGCCGACACAAAACAAGAAGCUGCAGAGUAAACAGAACCACAUCAGCCUGUUCGCUCUGCUUGGACCGGUUCUUUCAUGCAGCAGCUAAAGCCGUGUAACCGCUGCCUUUAGAGCUCCAAUAAAGAAACAGUGAAUCAAA